CCGAUAACUCACGCCUCGAUCGACGACGACGCCAUUAGCCGCAGCGCUCACUAGGCAAUCCGGACGCGUCGUUGGCGUACACGUUCUCGCCAGCACACACCGGCAGCGAUCCAGCAUCGUGCACGGCGUCGCGCUGCGCAGCACACCAAAGCACACACAAGCCUCCGCAUUUGCCCAGGCGCCGCACGCCGUCGCACAGCAGACAUCGGCAUUCGCACAGCAGCGCAGCACAGCAACAGCAGCCAUGAAGGUCUUCAUCCACUACGAGGAACCGGCGGCCGAAUCAUUGAGACAAACUCUGAAAAUCACCUUACCGAAGAAAUGGGAAAUGGGGCCCUGCUCCAAUUUGAUGGACACCUUCAUCAAGUCGUACAACGCCAAGCAUCCUGAAAAUCAAAUGGUCGCGUCGCAGUACCGUUUAGAAACCGAGAUGCGCCAAGUCUUGCAGCCGCACACGACCGUGUGUGAAAAAGUUCAUGAUAGGGCUGACCUAUAUGUGAAGUUCGGGUCCGCACCCGCAGCCCCCAAACCGAUGCAGACCGUGAACAACGACAUGCUCGAUCCUUUGGAUCGCUGUCGCGCGUGCAAGCUGUUUGGGUGCAACAAAAAGUACACGGAAAGGGCGAAUAGCGAUGAUGCCUGCCGCCACCACACGAAGCCGCCCGUCUUCCACGAAACCGCAAAAUACUGGUCCUGUUGUCCGCAGAAGAAGGCCUACGACUGGGAGAGCUUCAUGCAGAUCAAGGGCUGCGCUACUGGUAGACAUAGCGAUAUCAAGCCGGGUGCAGCAGCACCGUUGGGCGGCUCGCACGUGCGCGGCCAGACAGCUACGGACCCGAAGCUGAAGAAGAUCGAGGACUUUAACGCCGGGAAGAGCGACGAGAAACCCCUGGACCUGCUGAAACGAGCCCUUGUGGCGAUCGGCUGCAGCGCCGACGACUUCGAGGCCGCGCGGGAGAAGCUGAAGGAGAAGUUCAAGGACGACGAGAAGGAAAUUACGGCGGAAUUUUGUGCUGAGAUCGGCUUCGGCCUCCACAACUUGAUCGGGACGACGCAACCAGCGACCGGUGGUCCAGACCCGUAUGGUGGUCCGCCACAGUUCAAGCCGCCGCCGAACUUUGCGCCUUAACAUUAGUUUUAUACACACUACGCACG